UCUGAAGAGUUAGGAGUACUAUUUUUCUAAGUUUCAUACUCAUCAAAGAGUAAUAUAAUGUAUUAUUGUUCUGUGAAUAUAACCCAUAGACUCUGAAGGUCAUAGAAGCCAGGGCUGGUAAAACCUUUAAAAAAAAACUCUCCCAUCUCAUAGUAAUUUAAAAAAUACAAGGAGUAUGUUUGUAAACUUAGCAUAUAAAUAAAUUAAACUUUUUGUUGUUGUUGGAUACAAAUUGGAAAUUUGUAGUCAAAUAAAUUAAAUUAUCUUUGGUUACGUUACAUACAAGAAAAAAUAUAUCAUUUCUUUUUUCAAAUAGUAAAUAUUUUCCAAUAUUUCUGAUCAAUGAAAAAUAUUUAAAUGAUUUAAAAAAAAUGACAUCUAAAGGAUCCUUUGAAAAUCAGUUUGAAGAGUUUAAUCUGGAAAGCACAAAUCAUAUUCUUAAUGAGUUAAAGGAUGGGAUAUCUGAAAAGUUCCAGUUAAAAUUACAAAAUUUUAAAUUGAAUAAGCUGCAACUGCUUACUACUGAAAUGGAAGAUGAUAUAUUUUAUGAUCAAACUGUUUACACUGGUUCUGCUGGAUUGGCAUUAUAUUAUAUUAAUUCCUGGACAAAAAAUGAUAUUAACCAUGACAUGCUGAAGACUGCAUUACAGUAUAUUGAUCUAGAUAAUCUGAAAGGACGUCGUAUUAGUUUUCUGUGUGGGGAUGCUGGUCCAAUUGCAUUGGCUACUGUGAUAUCCUAUAAGCUUAGUACGAAACGCCCAGAUUCUCUACCUGAUUACAAAACUUUAGCACAAAGACUUAUGAGUCUAAUAUCGUUAUUAGAUAACUCACCAGAUGAAUUGUUAUAUGGAAAAGCAGGGUAUCUUUAUUCUUUGCUGUUUGUUAACAAGUGUAUAAGUGGAAAGGAAGUAAUACCCUCAGCUCACAUUGAAAAGGUCAUUAGUGCCAUAUUAAAGUCCGGUAAACAAUUUGCAACCCAAAUGAAAUCUGAGAGCCCUCUUUUGUGGCAGUGGCAUGACAAAAUUUAUUUAGGGGCAGCUCAUGGUAUGGCUGGCAUCCUGUAUAUUUUAUUACAGGCUCGGAGAUACAUUAGUGUUAUAGACAUUCGUAGUUUUAUAAAACCAGCUAUUGAUUGGCUAUUGAGCCAACGUUACGCGAGCGGCAACUUCCCUUCUUCUAUCGGCAGCAGUUCCAAAGACAGACUGGUACAAUGGUGUCACGGAGCUCCUGGUUUUGUGCCUCUUUGUCUUCUUGCCUCUCAGAUAUUUGAGGAGGAGAGAUACAUGAAAAUUGCUCUACAGUGCGGUGAUGUAGUAUGGCAAAGAGGAUUGUGUACGAAAGGUUACAGCCUUUGUCACGGCGUCAGUGGAAAUGCGUACACAUUUAUUCAACUGUAUCAAGCUACUAAAGUAAGUUUUACUUCCAGUUUAAUUAUAUUACAAUGGCAAAAUUAAUGGAAUGCUAAACAGUUCUACUAACUAAUUCUGAGGAUCUAGACUGUACAAACUGUGUGAAAGCAUUUUGCACU